GCGCUGCAGGAGGGGAAACUGAGGCCCGUCGUGGCUGAGGCGGGGCCGGCUCCCGGCGAGCCCCCGCCCCCGGCUGGCCCCGCCCCGCCCCGUAAAGAGUUUCCCCGGCGCGGGGCGAAGGCUCACAGCGCCGCGCCGGGGCCGGGGCCGGAGCCGGGAUGGCGGCUCGGCGGCUGGGGAAGCGGGUGCUGAGCAAGCUGCAGGCUCCGUCGCGGGCCCGCGGGCCGGAGGGCAGCCCCGGGGGGCUACAGAAACGGCACUCGCGAGUCACCGUCAAGUACGACCGGCGGGAGCUGCAGCGGCGGCUGGACGUGGAGAAGUGGAUCGACGGGCGCUUGGAGGAGCUGUACCGCGGCCGGGAGGCAGACAUGCCUGAUGAGGUCAACAUAGAUGAAUUGUUGGAAUUAGAGAAUGAAGAGGACAGAAGAAGGAAAAUUCAGGGACUCCUGAAGUCCUGUAUGAACCCCACAGAGGACUUCGUCCAGGAGCUGCUGGCCAAGCUGCGAGGCCUCCACAAGCAGCCCGGCCACCGCUAGCCCAGCCCCUCAGACCCCUCGGACAGCCGCAGCCUCAGCCCCCUGCAGGACCGGGCCGGACCGUGCCCCCCGACCCCGCCCGCCCCUGUGGCCCCCUGCGCUCUCCUCCCAGCACCACCCAGGCUUGUUUAUAAGUUGUAUUUAAUGGUUCUGUAACAAUAACACCACGUGGCUGUUUUUCCUCUCCCUGGUUCCCUUCGGCUGCCUGGAGCUCCUCCCAGCCCACCCCUGCUGGGUUGACUCGAGUCCCCGCACCCGCAGCUGGCCCUGCCAGAUGGAGAAUCACUCCUUCUCUGCUGGAGAGCAUGAGAACAGGCCCUGCUGACCCGGCGCCUCUGGGACCCACAUCCUGUCCUCACCACCCACCCACCCCCUGCCUCCCCCAGCCCUGGCCCAGUCCCAGCCAGCAGGGCCCCUGAGAGGGGAUGGCGCUCAGGGCUCCUGUGGGAAUGGCGGCCGCGGUCCCUGGGCUGUCGGACACGUGCACGACUGAAUGUGGCUGAUACUACCGCAACCCAGGUGGUCACACAGCAAACAGGUUAUUCAUCUGCUCUGUGAAAAUUUAUUGGGUAUCUCUUGUGCGCUUGGUCUGGAGGCCACAAAGAUGAGCAGAAGGUGAUCCCUGGCAUCAAGAUGCUUACACAUUGGUAGGCGAGAUGAGCGUGUGUGUGGAGGAUUACAGCAAAGUGUGCCUAGUGGUCCAAGACGCUUGGGAGCUGAAGGGUUGGGAAAAACCAGUCACUCUUGGGAAGUAUGUGAAGAAAGCCUGGAGGGCUUCCUGAAGGAGGUGACAUAGAGGCAGGGCUUUGAAGGAUUCAUAAGAGUUUGUAUGAAAUGGAUACCAGUAUUUGAGGACUCUGAACUUACAGGAGGAAGGGUUGAUAUUGGGGCUGGGCCAAAGAAGAUACCAAAUAUUGCCAGGGGCAUCGACCAAUUGGGGUGAACCAUGGUCCCCCAGAGAUGGAUCAAGGAAGCCCCUUACUGGGCCAGGGUUAAUCCUUUAGCACUGGGACAUGGAGAGGUCUGGAGGGCCCCAGGGGAGAGGCUGGGGCAUUAGAAGUGAAUAGCGGCUAUUUACUAAGAGCUGCAUAAGUAUGUCAUCAUUUAACAACUGGACUGUCUGUCCCAGUGGUUCCAACUGUGCACAAUCAGGAGAGAGGGGUGGGGCUGUGGUUGCAUUUAGGCCUGGGGCAGGGCCAGAGCUGGGGUGUCUCUCCCCAGGAUAAAGCAUCUAUCUCUCCUCUAUUGACUCAAGUUGGGGUCUCUGACCCAUGUCCCCACCCAUGUCACCCAGUGGCUCUGCCAGGGUUGGGCACCCAUCCCAAAGCAUCUGAGCACCAUCCUGGCAGCAAGAGAAGAUGCCCCUAAAGAAGGGUAUCCUGGAGCACCCUGGCAUGUCCAGCCUCUCAGCUGAUCUCACCGUCCCUGUGCAGACAGGCCUUAAAGGCUUCAAGCCCCUCUUUCCUUUCACACAUCGCUCCUUCAUGAUCUCAGAGGCUCAGGGAUUUCCCCGACAUCCAUUUAGGCCUGGGGAACUCUACUUCCCUCCCACAGAGCCUCUCCUUGGUUCCUCUUCUUCAUGGGGCUGUAAGGGGCACUGCUCAAAGCCCAGGUUCUUGAAUCCUGGGUGUGCUAUGUGUUGGGCGUCUCUGUGCUUCAUUUUCCUCAUCUAGAAAAUGGGGUCUUCACAGAAUGAGGAAACUGAGACCCAGAUUAAUGAUGUCACUUGCCAAGAGUCACACAGUUGGGAAGUGGUGGCCCAGGUCUUCAAUCCCAAGCCCCUUUUGCUCACCUCCUAUACCAUAGUGCCUCUAUAAAUCAGAGCAAAGAUCAUUGUUCAUUUUCAGUGGUGGGGAGAGGUUGGUGAUUCAUACUAAGGUGUGAGUGACUGCUUGCAGCUCUCUGAGACAUACUUUCUAGAGGGCAAUGCAAUUUUACUGGGGACAAGGGUACAGUGAAAUGAUUGGGAGGGAGCAUACCCCAGUAGCAUGCACUCUGAAGUUAAACUGCCUGGAGUAACAUGCUAUCUGUCCUACUCCUCAGCUGUGUGAUCUUGAGCAAGUCGCUUAGCCUCUCUGUGCCUCAGUUUUCACAUCUGUUAAAUGAAGAUAAUUAUAAUAAACCUACUUCCUAGGGUGGUGGUGAGGUUUAAAUGACUUAAUGUACGUACAGAACGUAGACUAGUGCCAGGAACACAGUAAACAUCAUUAUCGAUGUCAUCAUUUGCGCCCACAGCCACCAUCUCUGGCCACCAAGAUGCCCUUUGACUCACAGGGCCUCUAAUAUAGAAGAGUCCAAAGGGUGCCAGCGUACCUGAUCCUUGCCUCCCAGGGUCUGUUUCCACCUGGCAGCCAGACAACACUUACAUUCUCACUCUCGCCCCAGUCUCCAUCCACCUGGUUCCGUCUUCCUCUUUCCUCCAUUAUUAUUAAUUUCUGGGUAUCGUUCAAGUACUUCUUAUAUGCAAAUACAAACAAGUGCGAAUAUAUAGUCUGUUUCUCCUUUUUCUUACCAGCAAGGCAGGCAGGAGGAACACUGCCCUCCACCUUGCGCAUCCAUUUAACGACUAACCUUGGAAAUCUUUCAUGUCGAAACCCAAAGUCCUCCCCGCGGGCCACCCCACCCCACCCCUGUCACCUCCCUGACUCAUCCCUCGCCUCUCCCCCUCGCUCACACGGGUCCCUUUCCAUCCUCAUACCCAUCAGGCUUCUCCCCUCCAGGACCCACAAACGCCUCCUUCUCUGAUUCCUCUACCUGGGGCGCUCGUCUCCCGGAUUCCCUCAUCCUCACCGUGCCUUGGACUUAAUCUCAGACCCCUCGAGCACCUUUAUUUAAGGAGCACCCUCAGUCGCUCUCCAUCUUCUCGCCCUGAUUUAUUUUCUCCAUAGACUUUAUUACACCCCGGAAUGAUCUAUUCGUUUAUUUUAUUGCCUGCCUACACUCCCCACCUCCAAAAUAUUCGCUCCUGGCCAGCCUGGGGCAGCGCUGUGCAGUUUUCCUCAAGUCUAGAACGCGCGGGCGCCCGCAGGCGCUUGCCCGAUACCAGUGCCCCCUGGUGGCACGUGCCCACUCCGUGCACCAGAACCCUCCCGGGGUAGACGUGUAAGGCCGCAGCGCCCCCGUGUGGCGCUGUGAAUCGGCCUUAAGCUACACCCCAGCCGUCAGUUUCUGGCGAGCUCCUGCUGCAGCGGUGUGUCCGGCUGGCAUUUCUCAAAAGAGGUAGCUACUGCAAAGCGUUCGCCCAUUUUUACCUCCGAUCAACGCCAGGGGCUUUGCAAGUGAUGAUGAUAAAUAUUAGAAUUGAGCUUGCAAUAAUGGUAUAAUUAGUAUCCAUGAUAGGUUAAGAUGUUCUAGAAAUACUUCACCCUCAUGAUAAAAAAGGGCAGGAAAGCUCUUAGUGAAGGUAUUAUGACGGUUGAUAUAAGAUCAGUCUCCAAAAAUCAAUGCCGUUUUGCUAAUACAGUAAUAACAAUUAAAACAUAAUUUUAAAAAAUUAUGCUGUUCUCAAUGGCAAUAAAAAACUAUAAAGUAGCUGACAAUGAACUAAUCAAGGAUGCAUAAGGUCCUGAUGGAGAAAACUUAAAAUGCCAAUAAAGGAUAUAGAAGAUAAUCUGAAAAAAAAAAGUAGACCUUCUAUGCUCUUGGAUAGGAUAUAUUAAUAUUAUCCACAUGCCAGUUCUCUCUGAAUUCAAAGCAAUU